AUGACGAUACUCCCAGCAACGUACGUCGGAAGUCCGCGCCAUGAAUAUGCUCAGGAUGCCAUAACCUACGAUCGACACUACGGUACAGCAGAUUUAUUCAUAACAUUCACUUGCAAUCCACAGUGGAUAGAAAUUCGGCAAGAAUUAUUUCCUGGCCAAUCACCCAUCGAUCGCCAUGACGUCACCGCGAGAGUCUUCAAACAAAAAUUAAAAUCACUGAUGGAUUUCAUUGUGAAGUAUCGCGUGUUCGGCGAGACGCGAUGCUGGAUGUAUUCAGUAGAGUGGCAGAAACGCGGACUUCCACAAGCACAUAUCCUCAUUUGGUUGAUUGAGAAGAUAAGACCGAGUGAAAUCGAUGAUGUGAUAUCAGCUGAAAUUCCUGAUGAAGUAGAAGAUCCAGGCUUGCACGAGGUUGUUACUAAAAACAUGAUUCAUGGUCCCUGUGGAUCAUUAAAUAUCCUUUCUCCGUGUAUGGUCGACGGCAAAUGUUCGAAGCGUUUUCCACGACCAUUAGUAGCUGAGACAAUUACCGGAAAUGAUGGUUACCCACUGUAUCGUCGCCGUUCAACUGCGGACUAUGGAAGAUCAACAAUGGUGAAAUUGAAUCAGCAGGACAUUCAAAUUGAUAACCGUUGGAUUGUUCCGUAA